CCGACUUCGGUCGGCAUCUUUACGAAAAGCCAACCCAUCGUCGAGGGAUCUUCUUCUACCCGGCGACCAAGAGUCUUGAGAUCUUUGCCCUAAUUCAGACUGCGUUUUGGUUGAGGUCGUCAAGCUGGAGCAUUCCAAUCUCCGAAUAAAGCGGAAAAAUCUUCCCUUUUAAGUCAAGUGUUGCUCAGAUGCAGAGAUUGGGGGAUUUUAAGCUGCCUCACUUCUUCAAUUAUCCGCCCUACUUCACUCUACAGCCAGUAAGGGAAACACGUGAGAAGCAAGUACAACUGUGGAAGGAGCUCAUACUUGACUACUGCAGAAGCCAAAAGAUAUUUGUAAUUAGUUUGGAAGAAGAUUUUCCCCUCUUUUCGAAUCCAGUCGUUGAGAGAUCUUUAAGCCAUGAGGCAAGGCAGGUAUUUCUUGCAGCUCUUGUUAAUGAAGGACGUGCAGAAUGGAUUGACAAAAGUCACAAGAAAUGUCUAAUUCUUUGGCUAAGAAUUCAAGAUUGGGCCGAUUAUAUUUUGAACUUUGUAAAAGAAAAUGGAUUUGAAGACAGUGUCAUGACUGUUGAAGAUAUACGAUUUGGAAUCGAAACACGUGGCACUGAGCUUGCUGGAAUAGAUCGUGGUGUGCUAUUGCGUGCUUUGAAAUUAUUGGAGCAGAAGGGUAAAGCAGCAAUUUUCAAAGGUACCUCUGCCGAUGACGAAGGAGUAAAAUUCUCUGCUUAAGUUUGUGUUUCCCAAACUGAUUGUUUUCAUAUAUCUCAAACAUAAUUCCUUAGUUAUCUCCUUGUAUUACCUAUAUGCUGCAUUGUGCUGAUGAAUGACUGGAAACUUUAUUUUCAUCAUGAUAUUUAUUUUGGAUGCUUAAAUGGAAGCCUUUUGUCUCUGUUCCAUUA